UGGGAGCUGGCCAUGUCUCCUGGCCCAAUCAGGAGCCUGGCCGGAGUACAGAACAAUGGCAGCCCGAAGAAAAGGCCGGUACACCCUGUGGAAGACCUCUCUGGACAGCAUGUCCCAAUUAAUGGAUUCUGACAUGGAUUAUGAAAGGCCAAACGUAGAGACCAUCAAGUGUGUUGUGGUGGGGGACAACGCCGUGGGCAAGACCAGGCUCAUCUGUGCCCGUGCCUGCAAUGCCACCCUCACCCAGUACCAGCUGCUCGCCACCCAUGUGCCCACUGUUUGGGCCAUCGACCAGUAUCGGGUGUGCCAGGAGGUGCUGGAACGCUCCCGAGAUGUGGUAGAUGAUGUCAGUGUCUCCCUCCGCCUCUGGGACACUUUUGGAGACCACCACAAAGACCGUCGCUUUGCUUAUGGGAGAUCUGAUGUGGUAGUUCUGUGCUUCUCCAUCGCCAACCCCAAUUCCCUCCACCACGUCAAGACCAUGUGGUACCCGGAAAUCAAGCACUUCUGCCCCCGAGCACCUGUCAUCUUGGUGGGCUGCCAGCUGGACCUGCGCUAUGCCGACCUGGAGGCUGUCAAUAGGGCCAGGCGACCCUUGGCUAGGCCCAUCAAGCCCAACGAGAUCCUGCCCCCAGAGAAGGGCCGGGAGGUGGCCAAGGAGCUGGGCAUCCCCUACUACGAGACCAGCGUGGUGGCCCAGUUUGGCAUCAAGGACGUCUUUGACAACGCCAUCCGGGCCGCGCUCAUCUCCCGCCGGCACCUGCAGUUCUGGAAGUCUCACCUCCGCAACGUGCAGCGGCCUCUGCUGCAGGCGCCUUUCCUGCCUCCCAAGCCUCCACCCCCCAUCAUUGUGGUGCCCGAGCCCCCCUCCAGCAGCGAGGAGUGCCCCGCCCACCUCCUGGAGGACCCGCUGUGCGCGGAUGUCAUCCUGGUGCUGCAGGAGCGGGUGCGCAUCUUUGCCCACAAGAUCUACCUCUCCACCUCCUCCUCCAAAUUCUACGACCUGUUCCUCAUGGACCUGAGUGAGGGGGAAUUGGGGGGCCCCUCAGGGCCAGGCUCCCGCCCAGAGGACCAGCGGGGUCGCCCUGACCAACAUCACCACCACCACCACGGCCGGGACUUCCUGCUUCGGGCGGCCAGCUUUGACGUGUGCGAGAGUGCGGAGGAGGGCGGGGGCUCGGGGCCUGCGGGGCUCCGGGCUUCCACCAGCGACGGGAUCUUACGGGGCAAUGGGACAGGGUACCUGCCGGGCCGGGGCCGAGUGCUCUCCUCCUGGAGCCGAGCUUUUGUGAGCAUCCAGGAAGAGAUGGCGGAAGAUCCUCUGACCUAUAAAUCCCGGCUCAUGGUGGUGGUGAAAAUGGACAACUCCAUCCAGCCAGGGCCCUUCCGGGCUGUUCUCAAGUACCUGUAUACUGGAGAGCUGGACGAGAACGAGAGGGACCUCAUGCACAUUGCCCACAUUGCGGAACUGCUGGAGGUCUUCGAUCUGCGCAUGAUGGUGGCUAACAUUCUCAACAACGAGGCCUUCAUGAACCAGGAGAUCACCAAGGCCUUCCAUGUCCGCAGGACCAACCGGGUUAAGGAGUGCUUGGCAAAAGGCACCUUCUCAGAUGUGACCUUCAUCUUGGAUGAUGGCACUAUCAGUGCCCACAAGCCCCUGUUGAUUUCCAGCUGUGACUGGAUGGCUGCCAUGUUCGGAGGGCCCUUUGUGGAGAGUUCCACCAGGGAGGUGGUGUUUCCUUACACCAGCAAGAGCUGCAUGCGGGCAGUGCUGGAAUACCUCUACACAGGCACGUUCACCUCCAGUCCCGACCUGGACGACAUGAAGCUCAUCAUCCUGGCCAACCGCCUCUGCCUGCCGCACCUGGUGGCCCUCACAGAGCAGUACACGGUGACCGGGCUGAUGGAGGCAACACAGAUGAUGGUGGACAUCGAUGGGGAUGUCCUUGUGUUCCUGGAACUGGCUCAGUUCCACUGUGCAUACCAGCUGGCCGACUGGUGUCUGCACCACAUCUGUACCAACUACAACAACGUGUGCCGCAAGUUCCCACGAGACAUGAAGGCCAUGUCCCCAGAAAACCAGGAGUACUUUGAGAAGCACCGGUGGCCGCCCGUCUGGUACCUGAAGGAGGAGGAUCACUACCAGCGGGCACGGAAGGAGCGUGAGAAGGAGGACUAUCUCCACCUGAAGCGCCAGCCCAAGCGGCGGUGGCUGUUCUGGAACAGCCCCUCCUCGCCGUCCCCCUCUGCGGCCUCCUCAGCAUCCCCGUCUUCCUCCUCGGCUGUGGUCUGAGAUGCUGCCGCCCUCUUCUGACCCUGCUGCCCUUGUCCCCACUGGCCCUUGCCCCUCUGCCCUGCUGCAUCGCCCCCUCCACCUUCCAGGGACAAGGGGACUCACAUGACCAGGACCCGAAGGGCGCAGCUGCUCUCACGGGCCAGCGCAGCUCAGCCGGAGAGCCGGGCCUUGGGGCUCAGAACGGGGGCCCCUGCCAGUGCCAAAGCAGGGCAGGGAGGUGGAGAGCAGGGCGUGAGC